UAACAUAAUCGCAUGGCCAUUCACUGGGGAACCAUUGAAUAGAACUGUCGUUGGAUAAGCGAGUUUCUGUUACGCCAUCACGUGGUGCUAAAGUUUAAUUUAUAAAACAUAAUACAGUGAAUUAUUUUUGAUUUUAAAUAUUUAUUCUUCCAGUAAUUUUAAAUCGUGUAAAAUAAUCAAUUUAAUAAAUUAUAAAAAAUGUCUAACCAAAAAUAUUGGAUUCUAACCCUUGACUUUGUAUUGCUACUUUUGGGUAAGUAAAACUUAUUAAAUUUAUAGUAUUAUAAUAAUACUCUAUUACAGAACAUCUAUUUUCUUUUAAUUAAAAUAUAAAAUAAGGUUAGAUGUAGAUAUUGUAUAACUAAUUAUAUUAUAUAACCUAUAGAUAAACAAUUUCAUAUUAAAAAGUACUUAGUGUGUUUUAUAAAUAAUAUAAGAUAAUUGAUUUUUACAUCAGCAGAGAUGUAUUUUUUGGAGGAGGCUUGAGAAGCUCGGGCCCAGGGUAGUAAUAUUUUAGAGGCAGUACAUUUUGGAGAUCAUUUUAAAACAAUGUAUUUGGCUUAUAAAAUAAAAUAAUAAUAACAAUUAUUAUGUGGUUAUAAUUUAUCACGAAACAUACGUUGUGAUAAUACCAGGGGACAUAAAAAAUUCUCGAAGUAAACAUUUAAAUUUGAUUUUAAUAUUCUUAAUUCUAAUUUAAUCAUUAAUCAUUGAUUUAAUAAAAUGAUGACUAUAUAUUUUAUAUGUACCUACAAUUUUUUACUAAUAAGUAUACUAUUAAGUAAGUAAUAUACAUUUGUAUGAUUUAUAAUAACUGUGUUACACGUAUGAUGUGUAUCAGUGUAUAUAUUUUUUAUAUAUACCUGAAGUCAUUGAUCAAUACUUGAUAAUGUUUUUAGAUUCUAAGUGUAGCGAAGAAUACAUUCUUUUCACCAUGAUAUGUUUUAUUUUUUUUUUUUACAAAUAUACUACUGACGACAUUUGGGGUGGGCUGGGGAGCGUUUACAUGAGUAUAAUACAUAAAUGUAAUCAAACAAACCCGAUUUAUUUAAUAAACAUUUAAACUCUUUUUAACGAAAUCAAAUAUUAGAAUUUCUAUAAUAAUAACAUCUUGUUUCAAUAGCAAACAUAAACAAUUCAAAACAAUAAUUUUAAUAUUUAAACAACGAAAUAUGCUGGUAAUUAUCAAAUCGAUAUGAUGUAUUUUAAAAUAUUUUAAUAAAUGUCCAAAUUUCAAAUUUAUUCAAGUAUUCGAUGUUUUAAGUUACGUAGCAAAUUAGUGUGAUGUUUUGAAAGUAGUAUACCUAAAUAAUUGAUUAGGUGUCUAGCUUUUCUUUGUCAAGGUUGACAUGACCGUGAAAAAUCAUACUUAAUUUUCUGGCUUUAUAAAUUAAAAUUUUUAUUUUUUAUAGUUUUUUGAUACUGAAAUAUUCAUUACAUGACUGCUCAUUAUACUUAUUAUACUUAUUAUGUUUGUGUAAAUUUCACUAUAAACAGCAUGUAUAAAUACAUCAUAUUUUAUUUAUUAGUAAGUAGGUACAGUUAAUUAAAAAAAAAAAAUAUUUUAUAUAAAUUUUGUGUUUCUAAUUCAUUGAGUUUUUAUAAUAUCUAUGGAUAUAAUUUUAAAGAUUAUAUAUUUUGUAGUAUUUUCAUAAAUUUAACUUAGUAAGUGUAAAACUCGUAAAGUUUUACUUGGCACGAUUGACCGGAUAAUUACCUGAGUAACGCGUGUCUAUUAACCAUUCGUCCCUUAAAUAAAUUAUAGCAAAACAUUAUAAUUAAUGUUUUAAAACAUUUCUAAAAUGCCAAAACGGACAUGACUCAAGUGUUAGAUAUUCAGAAUUAACUGUUUUGAAUUAAACAAUUUUAUUUUAAACGAAUGCUCAGAACGUAUAAGCCAAUACUUAUAGGUAAACUAUAGAUAAAUACAAUAAUUUGCUAUUAAUAGUUAUAAUAAUUUUAUGACCUGCAUCUAAUUCUUGGUUCGUCACGAUAUUACUUUUUAGAGUUGUGCAUAAUUUGAUACACAAUUUUAUAAUUAUUAACUGAGGCAUAAUUUUAAAUUACCAACUUGGAUACGAGUUAGUUAUAAGCAUUAUAACAAUUAAUAUACAACUACUAUUUUUAAUAGAGUAGAUAAUUUACUUUUAAAAUAAAUCGAUUAGGCAUUUAUUUAGGCGUUAUUUUAAGACCAGUGAUGUCUUAAAAUAGUAAACUAAUCCAUAACUGAUUUUAUCAAUAAUUAAUAAAUAAUAGCUCUUUUUAAUAUUAUUUAUUUAUUAUUAUAAACUUUUUGUUUCGAAUACAUUCAUAAGUUUAUAGGCCAAAGCCGAAAGGGCAACAACCUUUAAAGUGUGUUGGAAGACGAUGUGCUAUUGUAUUGAUUUAGUUUGCAAAAAAAAAAAAAAAACAAGACGAAAAAGAAAACAUAUAAUUUAUGUAUUUAUUUUUAUUGGCAAUGUUUCAACAAAAUAAUAUUAUUAGUUUUAGUUGUACUAUCCAGAUAUCGAUGAAAAAUUCUAUUAACCUGUUUUUCUUUUUGUUAUUUCUGGACAAAAUAUCACUAAUAAUGUUUAUUGUUAUUUUAAGAAAUUGUUUUACUUAUAUUAUUUGUGUAAAAAUCGGGUUUUAAAAAAGAAUACAUUUUAAAAUAUUCCUCUUGAACAGUUUAUAGUGAUAUAAAUAUUUUAAUAUUAGGUAGUGACGUUGAUAUUGCAGUGCGUCUAACUUCCUGCAAUUAUAACUAUGUAUACGUACUUUAAUAUUCAGUCAUGACGUAGUGCAUUUAUGACGUAGGGCUCGUAUAUAUUAAAGGAAGUAGGCAAGGUACAAUUCGUCCCGGAAAAACGAAGGGUUAUGCAGAGUUCGAUGAACAUACGUAGGUUGGUAGGUAUAAAAUUGUUAUUGUGACAAUUUAAUUUUACGGUUACUUUUUAUAUCAGAUACAUUAUAGAUAUAUGCUUAUUAUAUUGGCCGGAUGUGGUCUAUUGAAUUUACAAAAAACAAUUAUAUUUACCUACGUGUAUUAUUUUACAUUUCUUAGUAUAGUUUAAAGAUUAGAGAUUUUUAACUUUUCCAAAGUUCACAGUAGGUAUAUUUAAUUGCUCACGUGGUUCCUCUCCUAAUCCGGGAUACACAUAAAAAAAAAUGAUAUAUUUAAAUUUCCUGCAUUAAUUUAUAAUAAUACUUACCUCCGUCUGAUUGUAUUCGUUUUAACAAUAAAUUAUCUACCCACUCUUGAACAGUUUUUUAUAAGACAAUAUAAUCAUUUAUAAUAUACCUAAUCCGAUUAUAUUUUAUAGAUACCUUAAGCCAAUAAGUUCGUAGUAAUAUAAAGUUUAUUUCAAGUAAACACACGUACAUUCUAUUAUUGUUUAUUAUAUUACAGUAGGUAUUAUGCAAUAGGUAUAAACAGUGUACAGUGUAUAUUAUACACUAAUAUAAAAUAUUUUGAGAUAUAAGAAGGUCGAUAUAUUUAUCAGUUUUAUGUGUCGUGUGCGGUGUGCCUAUAAUAUUUUAUCAUCAUCGUGCAUUUCAAGUAUUACAUCGUAAAUGUAAAUCCACUCAUGUCAUGUGUUCUACAUUUAUUUUCUCGGUCCUCGAUGGGUCAGUUAUUUGUUUUCGACGCGUACACAUUAUACAUAAUAUGCCUAGUACAUACGUACCUAUAUAUUAUAUAUUUUUUCAAAAAAUAUUGAAAAACGAACACGUAUCAUGAAAUAUGAAAUCUCAUCUAUCUAGAUACGUACGUCUAUUAAUUAUUAAUAAAUAAUAAUAGAUACUUAACUGAUUUCAAAAAAAAAAAAUAUUACAUUAAAUUAUAUUAUAUUAGCUUUUAUGGAUCUUCUGGUUUAAUUUUUAGAUUAUGAGUGAAGCGUGGAAUAUAUUGAUUUUACUAUGACCUGUGUGAUUUUUCUAUCCGUGUAGUUUUUUGAAUAAUUGAGAAAAACGGGGGAAGUUUACGGAAAUAACGAUUUUAUUUUUUUAAAUUUUGUCUUUUUUUUUUAGAAUUCGGUUAAAAGUAAUCAUAGAGACCUGACAUAUUCAAUAGAAUACUUAUAUAAAAACAACUAAAUCCAUACGAUUACUCAUCGAAAGUCAAAUAAUAGACAUUUCAGACUUUGGUACAUUAGUAAGGUACAUUAUUUAUAUGCAUAUUUAUGUCCGUUGAACUGUAGAUGGAAUUCGGUGAUAAACUGAUUUUUAGUUUGAGUCCCAUAAUACACAAUAGCCAACACACAAUUAUUUAUUUUUUUGAUAUACAAUAUUAUACAUCCACAUAUUAUUAUAUUUAUACAUCUUUUUGUAUUCAUCUGUGCCUGUAUACUGAUUAUUUUAUAAACAGCUCGAAAUAUCCAUUAUAAUAGAAAUGCGAUUUUCAUCUAAUUUUGUUUUUUUUUUCUCAGUAAGUAUACAUGUAUAACAGUAACACACAAGUACUUAUCACACAUGGAUAUAACGUUUGACAGUACAAUACAAUAAAUAACAACAAUAAUGACUAUAAAAAUUACUGGAGUACGGUCGUGUGACCAUAAAUUUCAAGAUCAGACUACAAUAGAAAUAAUAAUAUUGUACAUUUAAAAUUACCUGUCUUGGAUUUUGGAUCGUUAUGGGUACAGAAAAUAAUGACAUUUAAAUAUAUUUAUUUAGGCGUAUUAUUAUAAUGUUAUAACUUAUAAUAAUAGUAGGUACUUAUUUUAUACUUAGUUGAACUCAAUGAUAAAAGUCAAUAAACACAACUACAAGUACAUUGUGAUAAUAUUUUUAAAAAAAAUAUAUUAAAUUUGGUGUGUUUUAAAAUAACACUCUUGGCAAGGGUCUUUGGGAUGAUUUAAAAUUAUGUUUAAGUAUUGGAAAUCGAUGGUCGGAUGGUGUAUUUAUAUGUGAUAAAUCAACAAUUUAAUACGAAUAUUUGAAUUUUUUAUUUUAUAAUUAUUCUAUUUAGACAUUUAGUUAGGUAUGAUUUCUAAUUUAUGUAAAUUACAAAUGUAUUAUACUUUUUUGUUGUAACGUAGUUAAAUAAAAUAUAUUUUAUUUUCACUCACGGUAUUCGUGUAUGUGUGUGUGUGUGUGUGUGUGUGUGUGUACAUAAUUAUGAAUUUCGGAAAAAAUAUUCGAAACGCAAAAGAUUUUAUUAGUAUCAAAAGAACUCUGUCUGAUACUCGUAUCAUUUUUGUUUUACAUUAAAGGUACUUGGUUUAUAAAUGAUUAAUUUGUCUUAAAUGCAUAUGCAUUUACUUGAAAAUUAAGAAUCGCCAUCAAUAUCAUAUCCUUAAAUUAGACCCUGACUCUUUAUCGUAUAUACCUAUAAUGUAUAUUGUAUGUAUUAUAAAAUAUAAAGUAUUGAGUAUUAUGUACUAAAUAUUUUGUGUAAAUAAUAAUAUUAAUAAAUUAUACUGGCUACUCCAACUCUAAUUCUGUUUGUAAUAGGAUGACAAAUAGACAUUGUUAUUUUUCAUAGUAAAACCUGUAAAGAUGUACCGCUUUUGAAGUUACCGUGCCCGAAGUAUAAAUAAUAUUGUUACUUGUUAGUACGUUAUAUUGUACUACGUUUUUCUAAGAAUUUUAAUAUAAAUGGAUUAUUAUGUCAAGUUUUAUAAGAAUAAAUGCUGAUAAUUGGAACAUGAUAUAUUACAUAUAAUGCGUAUUUAGUAUUAUAUAUUAUAUAGGUACCUAUAUAUACACAGGGUACCAGUAAUUUUGUAUUUACGUUGGAAUUUAGCCAAAUUUUAAAGCUUAUACUGUUUUAACAUUAUUUCUCAAAAAUAAAAUGGGCCACCGUUGAAAUAGAAAUAUAUUGCAUGCGUGUAUUUAUUUUUUAUAAUCACAUUUACCAUAAGGCAUAAUGGCAAUAGCAAUUUAUCAAAAAUAAUUACUUCGAAAGUAUGAAAUAGUUCCGGUCGAUUGAACAUUAUUCCGUUUAGGCGUUUUUUGAUUAUUGGAGACUAUGUAAACAAUAAUUCACUAUAAUAUAACAUAUAGUUAUACCUAUGAGGCAUGGACUAUACCUACGUAUAUGUAUAGUUAAUAAUGUGAUACCAUGUUUAUCAGAAAAACACUAUAGUGUUCCAGUACCUGUGUGUAAUACAUUAAUAUAUUAAUAUAUCGCUUAUAAAUUAUUAACACCUGUUCUUUACUUUUCACUAUAUAUACAUGGGUACCUAUUUAUUACGUUGGUAAUAAUAAUAAAAACCCAUCAUAUUUAAUUUACGUAAUAAUAUAUUUGUAAUUAUAGUUUUUAAUAUGGGUAAAAUAUUUGGAAACCGAAUAAAACUCUAUGAACUUACUAAACUUAAAGACUAGACACUUUCCCUUUUGAUAAAUAUUAGUUAUUGCAUUUAUAUGUUGAACAUUAAACAUUUAUUUAGCAAACAUUAAAAAAUAUUUUUUUUUAAAUUUUGCCUGCUCUCUUGAAACGUCACCUAUGAAAAUAUGAUCAUAUAGGUAUAGGUAGCUAACAAUCUAUACAACAACUAUAUUAUAUUAUACAUGUAUUGUUAUUGACCAUUGAAAAUUGUCAAUGAUGUUCGUUUUAAUUUUAAAAAAGUAUGUGUGUACCUACAUUAAACAUAUUUUAUACCUCCACUGUACCGUUUUUAUCAGUACCAUGUAUGCAAUUGUUAAAAAAAAAAAAGCAAUUGGACAAGCAAUUUGCACAUUAUAUAAUCUAUUUUUAAUUUGAGUAUAUAAAUAAUUAUAAUAUUUAUUUUGUUCAUUCCCAUGAAAAAAAUUGUUAUUAGAUAAUAUUAAAAUUAUAUACAUUAUGAAUAAUAUGGAUUAGUAUGACCCAACGUGGAUUGUACGGGUAAUUAUUUCUACGUGACCGGUUAAGAUUAUGUAUACUACAUUAAUAUCAUUAUUAAUUUGUUAUUAUACUAUACUGAAUCGGUAGGGGUUUUUUUUUUAACAAAUAGGUAGUUGGAGAUUAUUUGUUGUUCUAUUUUCAAUUAUUUUCAAAUGACAUUAAUAUACAGGCAAUCAAAUAUUAUUAUCCCAAUUAUUUUAUCGUAUAUAUAUAUAUAAUUAGUGUAACGGACCUAUGCAUGUGUAGGCAAUCGGUAAGUUAUCGUAUGCGACAUUUUCCAAACGGUGUAUCAGAACUGGUAUAUUUUCUGUUCUCGUUACCGUUCGGUUAGGACCUAAUAUGUAGUAUAACCUAUAAUAAUACGCGUAAUUAUGCGAUGUUCUGACGGUUCGUUCGCCUCUGGCCGUGUACACCGUAGACCUAUAUAAGUUUAAACUUGUAUAUUAUUAUGGUGUGUAGGUCUAUAUUAUGGUUUACAUUAUAAAUAAUAUAUGCAGCAUACGGAACACGGAGUACACAAACACAACAAUUACGCGAUUAAUGUCACACCGAGCGGAAUAUACCCGCGUGUGUGUGUAUAGUGGCGGGCGAGCGGCGGCGGCGGCGGCGGUUGUUCGGUUUGGGAAAAAUGACGAUAAAAUUAAAAUGUCCGACGCGCGGUAAAAUGUUGACGGGAUUUAUUAGUCUGCCGCGGUUACUGUGCGGCGGCGUUUAAGAGCCGGCGCGACAUACCCACUAGUAUUACAUAGUACAGUCCCGUUAAAACAUUACAGUAUUAAUAUAUUACGAUACACGUAUACUAUACGUCAUCGUAACAUUUAUAAUAACAAUAUAUCGUGUGUGACAUUAUUAUGCGUACAGAUAGGUACCCAUCUACUACUCGGUUAGGUACUCGCGCGUAUGUUGAACUUGGAGGGCGACCAAAGUGCCGUGGCAUUGCAGGUCGUAACGGCAUUGACAUUGACUCCGUCGGGCAAAAGUCAAUGUUAACACACAUUGUGGGUUCGUAAUAAUAAUGUAAUAUUACAAAGCCCCCGAUGUGUAUUCGCAUGUCGUUGCACAUUAAUAACAAUUAUUAUUAUUAUUAUUAUUUUUUUUCGAAAACGGCCGUUUAUGAUGUACAGUGUUCUAAAACGUAAAUAAUAUAAUAUAGGUAUUAUACAUUGUUAUAGGCACUUUAUUUUAGACGUUUGUGGUUUCGUAAUAUAAAUCGCUAACCUACAAUAUUAUAUUAUAUACUCGUACAUUAUUUGGUCGUUCGGUUAACAUAUUUUUAUCGCUCACAUCAUAAAUUACGUGGUAUCGAGAACGAUGUUUUUUUUUUAUCGCGAAUCAAUCGUUUUCGUAACAUUUUUUUUUUUUCAACCUAAUACGACACAUCCACCUCAAGCGUCGCACCUUAAACAACCGCUCCCGCCAAUUACGCUACCUUCUUACAUCAAAACAUCUUAAUCUCCAAAAUAAACUUUUUAUUAGCUAUAUGCACCUAUGGCUUACAAUUUUGAGGGGAUUACCCUCUAAUAUCAAUAAAAUACAAAUUUUCCAAUUCAAAUAUCUCCGGUAAAUAACAAAAGUUCCAUACUAUGUCUCCAACGAUACUUUUCAUAAAGACCUUUCCAUACAAACAUUUAUAAACACAGCCAAAACCUUCUACAAACGUCUUUAAUCCAGUACCCACAAUCAUAGGAAUCCGCUAAUAGCUGAACUCUCCACCCACACUAUCCUUGGGUAUCCCAGAAGGCGUCUAAAGCGAAAGUCGUAUCGAGACUUAUUGGCUGACUAACUAUCACCAAAACACACCCUGAAAUAUCAACAAUGGUUGGUCUCUUCGCUCACGCCUACUGUCUCGAUAUUUGUGCUUAUUAUAGAUAUUAAUUUACAGAUUGUACAAUACUUAAAUAAAAACAAAAAAAAACCUAAUACGAGUUAAUUAAUUAUCUAUAAUAAAUACGUUUUUAUGUAUAUUUUCAUUUCUCCGUUAAAUUUUGAACCCUUAAAUAAAUGAGCUCAAAAAUAAUGUUGUUUAUUGACCACAUUCAGAUUCUGAGCACAGCGAGGAACGUAUUACCUAUAGUUAUGUUGUAUGCGAUUUUUUUUCUGUCGGUGUACAAUUAUUCUAUUAGAAAUCUUACUUCAAUCAAAAAAUGACAAGAGAUCUUUUUGUAGAAUAAUUGGAAAAAUUGUUUUUUUUUUUUUAAUUUUUUAAUUUUUUAAUUUUUAAUUUUAAUUUUAUAUUAUAAAAUAUUUAAAUUUGUAUUUUAUAAUUAUUUUCCAACCUCCUCGUCUACGAUAUAUUUACCAAUUAUUGAUACAAAUGGUCAAAAUAGAGUUAGAAGAGAAAAAAAAGCAUGCGUCAUAAGUAUAUAGUAAAACGAAUACAUUUCCAUGCUCCGCUCGGAAUUUAAUAUUUAAAGCUUUUCUUGAAAAUUAUUUAAGCUACGACCUUGAAUAAUAAUAAACUAAAAAUAUAAUAUAUCAAUAUGCAUGAUUUAAAUUUCAAAAUUGUAUUGUUUUCCUAAACUUUGUAUUCAACCUACAGUUGUGUGAAUUUUUAAUAUUUUCUAAAUUAGCAUAGGUAUAUUUAUUUGCAUUAUAGGUGCUAUAAUUUAUAUGUUAUUACCAUUUUAACGACUAUGUCGGUUAUGCAACUUUUGUAUUAUACAUUUAUACAUUAAAAUAAUAUACCAGGUGAUUCAUUUAAGUGGGAACACUCAUUAUCUCGGAAAGUAUUAACUUUUUCCUGAAUUUACAAAUCAUACUAAUGAUACUCCAAUACUCUCCUCCAACCCAAACUUAAAAGUGGAAUAUCUUAUCAACGGAUCAACGGAAAUCAAAAAUUUCAACACUAAAAUUUAUUUUAAUUAAUACUCUAUCUAUUUAUGGAAUUUUUAAUAUAGGUUGCCAUUUGAAAAUCAAAAGUAGGUAGUGGUAUUACCUCAAAAAAUAAGGGUGCAAAAAGUAACAUAAUAUAAUUGAAGGGCAGUUUGUUUCUUAAGUGUUCUAGAAAACAAAUUCCGGAAAAAGUUAAUACUUUUCGAGAUAAUGAUUGUACCCAUUUAAAUGGAUUAUCGGUACAUAGGUAUGUAAAAAUAAACAUAAUGUCGAUAAUUAUUGUGAUAUUUAUUCUAAAAUAACCUCGAUUAUAAGUAUUGUUCAAACACACAAUGUAAUAUCCAUGGGCGUUUAUUAGGGUGGGGGCAAGGAGAGGGCAUGUCCUCCCUUGGCUUUUUCGUUUGUGUUAUACAAAGUGUCGUUAAAAAUCAAAAUAGCAUAGGCGAUUAGGAAAUGUGGAAAUAUUAUUAAAAAAAUACAGCGUGUCCCCCCCCCCCGGGUUUUCGAAGAUGUACGCCCUUGGUAAUAUCACAUAGUUUUUGAUUUUAGACAUGAAUACGUUAAUGUAUGUUCUAUGUAACUAAAGAAAAAGAGUGUAUGAUACUAUUAUCUAACGUUGUAUUUCACUACAGAUUACAUAGGUAGAGGUACCUAUACUUGUAUAUAUUAUAUUAUAUAUAUAGUCAUGUUAUUUAGUUGGCUAGAUCAACUACAUUAUUCGACACAUAUAAUUAACUACAGUUGGACGGACAUAGUCAAAAGUGUGUAACGUGUUUUACAAUACAUUGUGUAAAUCUAUAUCGUUGUCUCGUUUAUCACUCAUUUUUUAAUUAAGUAUAAUACUGAAAGUUCCACGUACCUACUGUAAUAAAACAAAACAAAGUUAGAGUUUUUUUAAUUUUUUAAUUUGUAUGUGAAAUCGUAUAAUUUAUUUUGGUCAUAUGGAACGUAACAACUUAAAAUGGCUAUGCAAAGUAAUUUUUCGAAUUUUGAUUUCCAUAAAAAUGAAAACAUACUUAUGUAAGUAGCAAUAUAUAUUAUGAUUUUAAAAUAAAAUAACAUGGCAAAAAAUAUGUAUAUAAGUAACUCAAAAAAAUGUAUGAGUAAAAGUAUAAAAGUAUAGUGUAUAAUGUAUUAAGGUAUUUACUAUUUAGUAGUAGGUAUUAAAUGACAUUUUUAUCCACUUUCAUAUCUACGGAUACCGGAACCAAAUAGAAUGCAGUGCUACCAACGUGAGCUAGAACGAUGAAAUUCGAACUAUACCUUGUAACAAUAUGCUGUCAAAAUUGUAUGGCUUGAUGUGAUACAUAAUAUGCUUUUAAAUUAUUUGUAUAAAAUAGAGUAAUAGGUACUAUAAUUAAAUUAUUUAAUAAAUACUGAUGCAAUAUAAUGAAAAUUGCAAUAGAUUAAAAGACGGACAUACUUUGCUCUUUGGGUGGGCAACUGUUGUAGGUGAGAAGUUGGGAAGGUAGGAUAUAGAGAGGAAUUUUAUAUAUUUUUGUAUGCAACGAUUACUUAUUGCUAAUGAAAAACGAUUUUGAGUGAAGUUCAGUUAUACAUCAUAUUUGAAUAUCAAAAUUUGAUAUUAAAAAUCUUGAAAAAAAAAAAAAAAUACUACAUUAAAACUCAAUUUUUUCUUAUUGACCAACUAAGUACAACUUAUGAUGAAUUUCCUGUUAAAUUUUCAAGCAUUUCUGUUUGGUUUAAUAAAUUUAUCCGGUUCAGAAAUGACUCAAAUGUUUUGAAAAAUGUUUUACCACGUACGUCUAAAAAGGCAAAUAUAAUGUUUCUAUCUAAAUUUCAAGUCUCUCAACGAAUAUUUUUGAUUGAAUUACAACAAAAAAAUAAAAUUGAAAAUAAUAAAAGCAUUAUCUUUGUAAAAUGAAAUUGUAAAAUUAAAAAAUAACCUCCUAAAUGCAAUAACGAAAGAAAAUCACCUUCGAGAGAAGGUACUACGGAGGAAAAUUGCUGCUAGGAUAGUUCACAGAAAAAGAUCUUUGAACAAUUUUUCUUCCAGAAAUUUUACUUCAAUCAAAAAAACGACAAACCAGAUUUUUGUCACAUUUUGGAUCUAGUACGCAUAUUAAGGAGGUCCUUUUUUAAUUUUCCAAAGGGUUUUCGAAAUAAUUGGGAAAUCCCGAAAGAAAAUUAUAGGUAAAACGGCAGUUAUUUAUGGUGCGCCGCGGCGUUACCGUUUUCAUAGUUUUUUUUUAUGUUUACACGAUGGUUUCUACCAGAAAUAUUGCUCCAAUCCAAAAAUAACAAGAGAUCUCUUUUAUUCCUUAUAAUAUUUUGCAACUGAUUAAGUAAGGUUUUUUUUUAUGUUUUAAGUAUUUUUUAUAAUAAUUGGGAAAAACCAAAAAAGACGAUUUUUUUCAAAUUACGGCAUAACGGUUUUAUUAUUUAAAAUGUUUACGGCUAAUGUUUUCUACUAUAAAUAUUGAUCCAAUAGAAAAACAAUUACAGACCAUUUUUGUUCCAUUUUUAAUUUAGGUGGUGAAUAAGAAAUCAAUUUUUUGAUUAUUUUAGUUAAUAAUUGUUAUAUAAAUGAUUAUUGGAAAAAACCGGAAAAAAUUUAGAAAAAUGGGAAAAUUUACGAAAUUUUCAAUUUUAUUUAUUUGUUAUGAUUCAUAUAAUUUAUAAAAUGAAAAUAAUGUAUUUUAUAUUGUUGAAUUGUAUAAAAUAGUUGUCACAUGGUUUUUUAAAAUAAAAGGUCAAAGAACCGUUACGGGUAGGUACCUACAAUAAUCUGAAUAAUAAUGAUUUGAAAGAAACAAAUUACCCUCUAAUACUCCAUGAUGAAUACCUUUAACUACAGGACUACAGAAAAACAAUUAUUAUUUUAAGUGUUUUAUUUUAUACUCUUAAUAUACUAGUCAAUAAUACGAUACAUCAUAAAUUAUAAUAUAACUAAGCACGACUCAUAAUUAUUGUAAGUAAUGAUAGUAUAGUGAUGUUGUGUACAAAUAAAUUUGGAAUAUCUAUUGUUGAUAUACAACAUAAUAUAUUGAACAUUAAUAGAUGAAUUUAAUUACCUAUAUUAAAAUUUAAAGUUAUACAUACGGUAAAACGUGAAUAGGUUCAAUCGGAAACAUUGUAAUGAUAUUAAUUUAUAGAACUAUAUUACUAUAUGAAUUUACUAUACGAAUAUUUUGUAGUGAAUAAAAACAAAUACAACAGACAAUAUUCUGAUUGAAAGUCAAACUCUGAUGACAUUUAAACAAAUAUAGAUAACUUGCUUUAUAGGCAUUUCAAUCUGUAUGAAACAAGGCAAAUGUAUCAUAAUCUCCCUUAAAAUAUACAAGUUCUUAUUAGUAAAAGUGAUCAGAAAGUUCAAAAUACUGAACAUAACACACGCUAUUUUAACGAUAAAAAAUUUGUUAAACACACUUGAUUAGAAAGCCCAUACAAAACAGUGUAUAUUAUGGUUUAUGUACUUUUAUGAAUUUAUUGGCAGUUACCACGCAUAUGUAUUUCAGCUGAAAAUUCACUAAAAAAUUAGCAAGCUAUUAAAAAACUUCGUUAAAAAUGUCACUAUAUCUGUAUUAUUUCAUCAGUUAUAAGAUAUUAACUUUUAUAUGAUUAAUAUUUUAGGCUUUAGUAGUUUUAUAAUGAUGUUUAUUUUUUUUUUUAAGUGAGCCCUUUUUAUACUAGAAAGUACUCCGAUUAUCAAGUAUAGUACCUUUUCUGAAAAGAAAUGUUCUCUGGGUGGUACUCUGAGUGAUAAUUUUUUGACAUUCUCAUUAAUAUUCGAGAUAGAGACGAAAACCUGGUUCUUUAGGUUAAAAAAAACUGUAAGUUUAAAAAUAAAAUUGUCAUUGGCAACCGUUUUUAUUUAUUUUUUGUUAUUAUUAAGUUUUUAUUAUUUUAAUAUUUUUUAAACAAUCAUUGUUGUCAUGGAAACCACAAAUUGUUGUAAUCAUUUCACUAUAAUUUGACAUAUAUUGUUGACAAAGCAACACUAUCAACUGAAUUCCCCUCAGAAUCGUUUUUUGUUAGCAAUGGUUUAUCGUUGAUUACAGAUAUAUUACCGUCUGUAUCUUACCUUCCCAACUUCUCACCUACAAAAGUGGCUGCACCCACGUGUGAAGUAUGUUCGUCUUUUUUUAGAUUCCGAGUGUAGCGAAUUUAUAAUUUUUAUAAAGAUGUUUAUUUUUUUUAUUUUUUUGUUCAUGUCUGUGGACACGUUUUUUCCUAGUAACCUUGCUCUGAUUUUUACGUUUAGCAACUAUUCUGAAAGUUGUCUGGAUGGUACUUUAAUUAAUCCUGUUAUUAAUGAUUCAGGUCAUUUUUUGAUUUUCGACGCCAUUUUUUAAAUUAAAGCAAUUAAAACGUAGGCAAAAUUACAAUUUCAUGAUUUCAUUACUUUAUAAAAACACGGACGACAUUUUCUACCAGAAAAAAUGAUUUAAAUGAAAACUCAUAAGGUACCUUCUUUGUUGCCUUUUUGAUUUACUUUCUUACGGUAUCAUCGCCAAAACUUUUGAGUCACUUUAGAGCUUUUAAGGAACUUAAAUUGUUUUGCUGUAAUUUGGUUAUAAAUACACGUAGAGGCUUGAAACUUGGUUAUAAUAUUUAUAUUGGACUUACCUAGACGUGGUAAUAUUUCCAAAAUCAUCGGAUGUCUUUUCUUUUUUUUUAAUAAGCGUUUUAAAGUCAAAUUUAAAAGGAAAUCGCAAAAAAAAAUUACGGUACUUUAAAUUAUGUAUUACCGAACUGCGCCUUCAAUAGUUUUUUGUUGAGUAAUGGUCUAUCGUUGCUUACAGAUGUAAAUGAAAUAACCUUAUAUAUUCUACCUUUCCAACCUUUCCUCACCUACAACAGUGGCCGCUCCCAUCCCAGUACCAGCUCUUUUUUUUUUUUAAAUUUACUUUUAACAAUUUAAUGAUAAUUUACAAUAUUUUGAUUACAAUCAAGGACGGUAAGAUAAGCGUAAAAUACAUUUGCAUUAUAUUGUACCAUAAAUAUUUAAAUAACAAUAGGCAAAAAAAAAAAGUUGUCGAUAUGAUAAAACAAUUAUUAUUGGGAAGUAUUAUUCUCAAUCUUAUAGUUUUUAUUGUGAAUUAUUGAAACAUUAAUUUUGCUUAAUAGAUCAUAAUCGUUAACAUUAUACAUGUUUUACUCUUUAAUUUAUUUAGGAUUCACCACUUAUAUAUUGUACAAUGUACAUGAAUAUAGUGUAUUAAUAUAUGUAUUUAUGAUUCAGAAUUUAUUUAAAUAUAGAUACCUAGUACACUCUAAUCUUUAUAAAGUACAAAUUCAAACUUUUAUAUCCAAUAUAGGUAAGAUAAGGUGAAAAUAAUAUUUGUUUUUAGUAAUAAUUAAAUACUAUAACUAAGUAUAUUAUAAUCUUUAUAAAUGUAUUACAUAAUAGUACAAAUAUUAAAUACUUUAAAACCAUACGACUUGUGUAAUAGUUAAUAUAGUUUAAUAAUUGUAUUUAUUAGUUAGGGUCAUAGUAUUAGCUACUUAGACAAUAUAAUAUCAAAACAUUGGAUUAUAAACAUUUUUCUUUUUGAUAUAUAUUGGUAUUGUAUAACCAAUACAGGUUUUACAAUGAUGUUUAUUAUUAAUUUGUUUUCUGUAAAUAAUUUUUCCACCAGAAAUCUUACUUCGAUUUUCAAGUGUAAUAAUUUUUCUGAAAAAACAUUUUAUAUGGAUGGUAUAUUAAGGAUGCCAUUUUUAAAAUUUUUAAGCAGUUUUCAUGAUAAUUGGGAAAACAAUAAAAAAAUUGUAGGAAAACGGGAAAAUUUAUGAAAUGUGUUAUUUUUAAAUUUCUAUUUUUGUUAUUAUUCAGUUAAAAUAUUUAUAGAAACUUGAAAUUUAGAUAAAGAAUUAUAUUUACGAUUUUUAGACGCAGUAAAAUGUUCAAAACAUUUGAGAUAUUCAUGAGUUGUUUAUAAAAAUUAUAAUUUUGGAAUGUUUUUUUUAUUCUGUUGGUAUACUGUGGAUAAAAUUGUUAGACCAAACAGAAAUGCUUCAAAAUUUAAUAGGAGGUUCAUUAGAGGUUGUACUUUGUGGCCAAAACAAAAAAAAAACAUGUAUAACCGAACUCCGUUCAAAAUCGUUUUUCCUUAGCAAUGAUUAAUCGUUGCGUACAGAUAUACAUUAAAUUUACCUCUAUUUCUUACCUUUCCAAUUCCCAACUUCCCACUUACAAUAUUGGCCCACUCAUGAUUCAUCGUGCAAAGUAUGUUCGUCUUUUUCCUUAUCAAUUUACAUACGAUUUAUUAAGUAUUUAAAUGUUAUUUAAAUAAAGUUUAUAUUUUGUAUUCAGCAAAAGUAAAAAUAAACAACUAUCUUUGUGUUAGUAAACAAAUAUCAGAUGAAAGAUAUAACCUAUUUAACAAUCAUUAACAAUAAUAAUAAUAAUAAUACAUGUUAUGUUUAUUUCUGUAAAAGUUAUCGUUCCCCAUAUUGUCUCGCUUCGGUAAAUAAAUUUGGUAUUUUUAAAGUAAUUUUUGAUUACAUAACUAAUUAUUGCAGUUCUUGCACAAAAAUAAUCAUAUGUUGUUGCUAUUCAAUUUUUUGAAGUUGAAAGAUAUACUAAAGAGAUGCGAACAAAAAUUGGGGUAAGUGCCCAAGACCCGUCCAAUUAAAAAUAAAAAAAAAGUUUUGUUAUUUUUAUUUUUAGUGCUAUUUAUUUAACUAUUAAUUCUCGUAAUUAUGUAUAAGCAUUUUUUUUUUUUAAAAACCGAAGAUGUACAUGCUAUUUCUUUAUUUAUGAUAUUUAUAUGACGAUUGAUCAGUAAAUGGUUUGUAUACGAGUUUUAAAUAUAUUUUAAUCGUUGUUAAAUAUAAUCUGAUAAAAGAUUUCGACUGCAAUAGCACCUAAACAAAUGACAUGUGCGUGCAUAGUGCAGAUAUUAACCAUGAUUGUUUACAACCGGAUAAUAAGAUUUAAGUAAUAGGUUGGUUUGUCUAUAUUAAGUGUGACAUUUUGACACAUUUUAGUUGAUUAUUAUGGAUGAUUAAUUAAAAACAGAAACGUAGGCAUCGACAAUUUUUUGAAGGAGAGAGAAUAAGAAAAAUUAAAUUUCAAUAUACAAUCAAUUAAGACCUAUUAUAGAUCUAUUAUAUAAACUCUAUUUCAUUCAGUUCAAAAGUUUAUAUCUACUGAUGUCAAUUGAUGGAAAUCAUCGAACUCGAAGCACAGUAUAUAUAUUAUUAAUAUUGAUUUAUAUGUUUCUUUAUUUUAAGUCUAGAUCUUAUAUUAUUUUCUUGGCCAAAACAAUAAAUUCGAAAUAAUUCUAAAUAAAACUUAACUGCCAAUUAAAGUUAUUUAUGACGAAAUUCAAAAUAGGCAUAUUAUUUAUACUAUGGACGCAUCAUUGAAUAAUUCGCAUCAAUCAUUUCACUAAAUGAAAUAAAAACAAUUACGUCAAGCAGUUUUUGUUGAAAUAUGAAAUUUUUACACUGCGUAAGUAAUCAUUAACCCUAAUAAAUGAAAUUCUUGAAAUUUAUAAUAAUUUGUAGAAUAAUUUGUUGUUAGAAUUUAUGAUAUGCUACUUUAAAGAUUAGUUUUAAAUUUGCCUGACAACACUAAAACCAUACAAGAUAUUUUAAAAUACUUCAGUUACUUGUAAUCUACAUUGCAAGUAAAAAAAUCGAAAAUAAUUCAAACCAUUAUUACGUAAGUUUUCCCGUGUUUUCCCAUUUAUUAAAAAAACUACAAGACAAAUUAAAAAUAUAGACAUACUUCGAAUGAUGGAUCGGCCAUUAAUGUUUAUGAACAAUUGGAAUGAUAGGACAUAGAGGAGAAUUGAAUUUAUAUCUGUAGAAAACGACAAGAUUUAAGCUCAUUUCGCUGAAUCAUAAUAAAUACUAUACCAUAACUGAAUUUUGUUCGUUUUACGUUAAAAAAAAAUAUUAAUUUGUUAUUUAAUUAACUAUGUAUAUGAUAUAACGGUAGUAAAAACAAUAUAUUUAUAUAUAUAUAUAUAUAUAUAAAAUCAAAAAAUUACCACCCCGAUAAAAUUUCCUUACAGAAUUACUGCACCUGAAAAUUGAAGCAAGAUUUCUGGUAGAAAAGUUGAUCAUGGAUAAAAAAUGUAUAAAAUAAACACCAUUGUAAAACUUAUACAUUCCUCACUAUAUGCUCUAAACCUUUUCAAUGCACCAACAAGACAAAACUAAAUUUACUAUCUGAAGCUCUCCAUGAAGUUGAUGGAACAAGAUUUCUGAUAAAAAAGUUACCUUAGAAAACAAGAAUGAAACAUCAAUAUAUACUAUAGAGGUACACUAAAUAAGUAUUCCUCGCUACUCUGAGAGAUUAAAAAAAUUGAAUAUUGAUUGAACAUUUUUAGCGGAACAAUAAUAACAAGUGAUAGAAUGAGUAAAAAGUUUUACUGAAUUAUUUUUAAGAUGAUGGUUAAGUCAAAUGGAUGAUAAAUUGGAAAUCUUCGUGGGUCAUAAGUUUACUAUCUAACCUGGGAACCUUCCAUAAAAUUGUGUUACUUCAUAUUUAAACACAUUAGGUUUUUAAGAUCGUUGUUUAGAUGCAUAGUAUUUUAAAUGAAGUUUACAAAACAUAAGUGUACACGUUUUAUCAGUUAUAAGGAAAAUCGAUUAAAAUUAUUGUAAAAUAUAUUAUAUUUCUAGCUGUUAGCUGACCUGAUAAUGUUUUUCUGUUGCUAGAUAAUAGUGUAAAUGAUAAUAAUACUAUAGUUUGUUUGUGAUAGCCAAAAUACCAUCUGUAUUACCAAGGUAAUCCAUGAAUAAACAAAAAUAAAUAAAUAAAUUUACAUAAACAAUUAGAUAUUCGUAUCAAAAAUAUCUAAAAAUCCCUAUAUAAUUCACGGGAUUGAGAAAAAUACUUUAUGUAAAAUUUUAAAAUGAUUGGUAAGGAGUUUUUAUGAGUUGAAUCUAAGCCUAAAUCAGCAUACAAUUUCUAAAAUGUCUCGGUCAGCUAGUUAGUUCCGUUUUUGGUUCUCAAGUGCUCUUUGGAGAACAUUUGUUUCGAUGAAAUAACACCGAUUUAUCCAAACGAUUACGUCCAUACACGUUGACCGUUUUCGAGAUGUAAGAUACUGAACAGAAGGCUCUCUUUCGUAUAUGGGAAAACUAAAAAUACGUCAGAUAACUUUGUUGCUACUGAUGUAUCUACCUAUCUAGAAUCGUGCUAUUUUUUCAGUUUUAUUUAUAAUUUGUACUUCAAAUACGGCCAACAAGCCAAAUCACAAUCUUUAUUAAUGUAUUUGUGAAUUUUUAACGAUUAAACGAUUUUAAUUAACGUGCAGUGAUAUCAUGACGACGUAUUGAUUGGUGGCCUGGAAGUUUUUAUUUCCUCCCAAUUCAGAUUACAUGUAGAUGUAAUAAACAAAUCUGGACGACUGUAAUUGCGUACGUAAGUCAUUGCAAUAAAAAAAUAUUAAGGUCAUUAAUCGAGAUGAAGACUAUCCUAUCUUUUAAGUUGGAUCAAAUCACACGCAUUAUCUUAUUAAAAUCGGCCGAGUAGUUUCAGUGUGCAUUGCACCCCAACUCGUCGUACGCGUGAUUUUUAUAUGUAAAAGAUAGUAUAAUAUAUUAAAAUAUUAAAUUUAAAUGUGCCUCAAAAUUGGUUACUAUACAACUUUAAAGUCAUCGAAGAAAGAUUGUUUUGUUUAUUGAUUUUUUUUUAUUAUUAUUAUUAUUAAAAACUAAGUGUCCUAGUAGAUGAAAUCUGGACACGAGGACGACCCAUAAUAUGAAAAAAAUAUAAUGUCUGCAGUUUAAUGCUUUCCAUUUAGAUUUAUAUAGGUUGUCCACGGUAAGAAACAGUUCACUAUGGGAUACUUAACUGAUUUUUUAGUCAGUUUUGGACUGUUAUAAUAUUUAAAUAAGCAUACAGUCACGUCAACGUUAUGCAAAUAUUAUUUAUAAGACGAUUUAUUUUGAUAAACCACCUUUGAAAGAAAUCAUGAGCGUACCCAGGAAUUUUUGAUAGUAGAUUUGUAGCAUAUAUUAAUAAUAAAUAAAUCGUAGAAUCGUUUUCUUUACCCAACUCAACGACGGGAAUUUAAAAGGCAGAACAAAAAAAAAUUGUUUAAUCAACAAAUCAAGUUUUUCUGUCUAACUCGGCUGUAUAUACACAUUUUAAGAUUGAAUUACUAAAUAAAUACUCAUAGUUGUGUUAUAAGCCAAACCCAAUGUGACCCCUAAACUGCAUACUUACGGCACUGGAAGUAAAUAUAGUUGAUCUCGUUCAGAAACUUUGGAGUUAUACUUAUAUUUGUAAGAAAAUAUUGAAUAAAUAUUAAGUGACUGUGUGAAAUCUGUAGAGUUUAUAUAUAGUAGACUAUAAUAUCAAAAAAGAUAAAAUGCCUAAGCUACAUUAAAUAUUGUUUAUCCAGUUGCAAUAUCAUAUUUUCUAAUGGUAAUAAUAAUAAACUAAUAACGCAAUUGAUGCACUUAAUGUAUAGUUGAACGUUUAUAUUUUAAACUGAAUAUUGUACCAUUGUUUUUUUUUUUCAAAUGGGAUAUUAAUAUUUACAAAAUGCAAAUACGAAUUCGUGAAAUAACUUAAAAACUCAAUAUAACACAAUAUAACUGUAAUAAUGUAUCUUAUAAGAACCUGCAUUAUUACUGUAAACGAUAUAACAUUUUUGUUUUCCAGUAUACGAGUUUUCAUAAUUCUUGUAAUAUGAUUUGGAAAAAACAAAUAUUGAGUAAUCGUUUAUUAUUGUUUGCGAUAAUUUAACGGAAAUUCAGUUGUUUUUUGUAUUGACUACUGAGUAAAGACGAUAAGAAAUGUUAAAGUUCAUUCGUUUCUAUUUCUAUUUCCAUUAUAUUUAAAGUAGGUAAACAGUUUUUUUUUUUUUUAAGAUUUGUUUAAGUUGAAUUUUGGUUGUAAGUUGAAAUAUAAAUAAUAGGUACAUUAAAAAUGUUCAAGAAAAUCUAUAGAGUGCACAAAUUUGUAAUGUUUAAUUUUAUAAUAUAAUUUCAUAGUUAUAGAUAUUUUAUUAACCUUAAUAAUUUAAUAACAUUUUAUUUUGUUUGUAUUAGUAUUUACUAUUUAGAUAUGUUAUGGAUUUACUGUUACUAUUAAGUAUGUAUACAUUCUUAAUACGAAUAAAUUAAUAAAAUUAUAAUCAAUAAAGGUAUUUUGGUGACUCUAAUUUUUAACUAAAUUAAAAUUAUGCAAAAUUGUAUGAUUAUUAACUCAUAAGUAAUCGAAACAUAAUAUACAUCUUUACGAUAAAUGAAAAAUAUGGAAUUUAGAUACAUAUAGUAAAGAAUUUGCAGAUAUAAUAUAUGCAAUUAAAUAAUCUAUAAUUGAUUUAUUUUUGUUCUUUACACAAGAUUACGAUCCCCAUUAGGUUCAGUCAACCCAAUAAAUUCAUGUUGAUAAAGCUCCGAUGUGAAAUUAUAUUUUGCAUCUUCUUUUUUAGCAACAUAUAAAAUCUUUUCCAAAACCAGUGUUUUUAAUUAUUAUACUAUUUACUAUUUUCUAUUUAAUUUGAAAAAAUAAUUAUUAUUUUCAUAUUUGGAAUUUUGCAUCAAACAGUGACGACGCGAUGACAGAGAAAAUAAAACAUUAAAACCGCUAUUUUAGACCACAAUAUAUUUUUCAUUACAAAUUUAUUUUUAAUUGUUUCAAGAAUAAUUUAAAAAUAAAUACAUUUAUUUGUAAUAUAAGUUUUCAGUCAAAUAAUUACGAAAGUAAUCUGUUUACUAUAAAAAAAAAAUCGUGAAACUUUAGGAUAUUUAAAUACAUUACUUAGAUAGUGAAUUAUGUACCAUUAGGUAUAUGAUACAUUUAUAUUAAAUUGAUAAAACUGCAAAUUUAAUUUAAAAGCUUGACAAUUCGUUUUGUUUUUGUUUUUAUAAUAGAAGAUUAUUAUGUGACAUAACUGUCAUCGAUUAUGUUUUUUAAAUGAAAUUUGAACGUAUCAGUUAAAUAUUACCAAUUCAUUUUAACUGAUUAAUCAAAACUGAACAAAUAAUAAAUGUUUAGGGUGUUUGAAUACCUGUUUCAGUAUAAAUGACUGAACGGUUGAAAACUGUUCACAGUGAUUUAAAUAUGGUUUCCGGUAAUUUUUAGUGAUCAACAUUGUGUCAUGAAUGUCAAAUUAAACAAAUCAACACAUUUUCUGUAUUUUAUUCAGCGUUCAUUUAUUAUUAUAUUCAGUUAAAUUUCUUUAUUUUGAAUGAACCACAUGAACAAUUUAUUCAGUAUAGAAAGUAUAUACCAGUAUCGGUAGAAAAUUAAUCAUUCUUAUUCUAAAUAAUUUAAAUUUUACAGACACGUAUGAGUAACCCAACUGAUUAUAUUGAGUAUACUCAAUAUAACUUCUACGUUGUACCUACUGUUAACAAAGAUAUAUAUUAUUUUAAAUUUGUCUAUGGUAACACAAUAUUACUACAGCGAAUUUUAUUUAUGGCAAGUAGGCAAAUAAUGCAUCAUCAUAUUAAUUUGUGUAAGUAAAUAAAGUUAAGUAUUAUAUUGCAUUGCAUAUUUAUGAAUGAAAAUCUAUAGUAUAAUUAUAUGUACAUGGUACCUAUAUGUAGGUAUGUAAUCAAUAAUUACUCAUUAUACUGGGAAACAGAUUUUAGGUACACUCUUAAAAUAUUUUGUGGUAUGGUUUUAUGAUGAUACUAUUCAUCGAUACCUACUUAUGUAAGUAUUGAAAAUAUUAUAAUAUAAUAUAGUAAAACCACAUAUUUCACAGGCUUUAUCGCAGAUGGUACCCAUUGCAGAAUUCAUACGUUUCUAUUUCUUAAAAAUAUUAUUCAAAUUUAUUUUUUAACGAAAUGACCGAAUUUUAAAAUUAAAUAUAUUUAUAUUACUUUUAGAGAUAAAUAUGUAUAUGGGUAGGUAUUUAGAUUAUAGGCCUAAUAGUUGUUAGUGAACUAAAACCGCUAUAUUGUAAUUAGUUAUUAUUUAUUAUGUUUUGAAUGCUCAUACAAAAAUGAAAAACAAUAAUCUAAAAUUCCAAAUAAUUCAAAAAUAUAUUUAUUUGCAUAAAACAUAUAAUUUAAUAAUUGGAACUCGGAAGUUGUUGCAUUUGCAUGUUUUUUGUUUCGGUUUAUAAAAUGUAUUGCUAAGAAAGCUAUAAAUUCGUUUUGUAAAAUGACGAGUAAAAUAACAAAAAUGUUUGCCAAAAUUGCGUAAGAAAUGUAUUGUCUGUAAUCAGCUUAAGAAAUUUGAUAUCAUUAAAUUAUUAUAUAUAAUUAUUGUUAGAUGAUUAAAAAUUAGUUUAAAAAUAAGUGUUCAUGUAUGAAAUAAUUUUGAAAGGCUAUAACGGAAAAAUUGUUUACAUAAUGUUUCCAAUAUCAUGUGGAUUAAUUCAUUAUAGAUUUUAAACUCGUAAGUACUUUAUGAUCAUUGGUGUAUCUAGGAUAUUUUUUUAGAGGUAGGGAGAAUCUUCAGAUUUAAUAUCAAUCUGAUUUCUUGAUUAAUCUUAACACGCCACUGUUUAUAAUUGAAAUUAUAUUAAACGUAAUUCUAUGUACAUUUGUUUCAACUAUAAAAAUAUAAAUAAAAAAGUUUAUAAUGAUUGAAUGUGUUGGUACCUAAAACUAUUCAAAUUGUACUGGUCUAAUAUGUUAAUAUUUGAUUAUACUUAUACCCAUCGACAGAAAUGUAUUACUUAAUAGUACACCUAGUUUAAAACUAUAUAGAAUUAUUUACACUUAAAUAAAAGCUUUAUUAUUUAUUAGUAAUAAUUAUAUCUAUCAAUACCUUAGUUAUCUAUUGUUCCUAAAUUUAAGAGAAUCUAUUUUAAAUGUUCAAAUCAAAACUAGAAGGAAUUAAUGAAAUUCAUCGAUUGGUUUGAUUGGGAAUAUAUUAUUGUUUUAUCUUAUAAGUUAGUUUACCUCGUUAGUUAUUUAUCUAAUAAAUAUUAAAAAUACAAAAUAUAAAAUUACAUAAAUUGUGAUAAGUGUAAAGAUGAUUUUAGAUUCUGAUUGGAGUGAAGAAGCUUUUAUGGUUUUACAAAGAUGUUUAUUUUUUUUUUCUGUGGACAACUUUUAGAACACUUGAUUUUUACGUGUAGCAACUUUUCUGAAAGGAAAUUGGUGUGGCGAGGCACCUUAAAGAAGUCGUUUUUUGAUUUUCUUCGAAGUUUUCUCGAUAAACGAGAAUAACUGAAAAAAAAAACGGAGGAAAAACGGGAAAAUGUACGAAAUAUAUUUGUAUAUUAUUCCGGUUUUUUUUCUCGUGGACAACUUUUUUACCAGCAAUUUUGCUUCAACUUUUAAUAAUAGCAAUUUUUCCAAAAGAAAAUUUCACAACGGAGGUACCUUAAAGAGGUCGUUUUUCGAUUUUCUCAGGAGUUUUUUUAGCAAAUGUGAAAAACAUAGGAAAAUCGGGAAAAAUGUAGGGAAUCUGGAGAAAUAGGUACAACAUUAAACAAAUAUUAUCAAAGAAAAUAUAUAGAGCCUACUUAAUUAUUUUAUUAUAAUAUGGCAUAUAUAUUGUUGACAAAGCAUCACUAUCAACUGAACUCCGCUCAAAAUCGUUUUUUCGUAAGCAAUAGUUUAUCGUUGCUUAAAGGUAUACAUUAAAUUACCUAUAACGGUGGCCGCAUCGGUCCUCAUUAUCCUAGGACGUCUUUUUUAUUAUCUACAUGAUUUUGCAAAUUUUGUACAGCGCAGUUGGCAUUAUAGUUCUUUCGACGUAUUGUAAAACAAAUGGCAACAGUGAUACUUUUACAUAAUAAGUGUUAUAACUUCAUAUUUUUAGUUGUAGUGUUAUUAAAAAAAUAACUAUAUAUAAUAUCUAUAAAUCUACAUAUCAUUCAAUAGUGCAUUCUUCAAUUUUAGUUUUGAUUGCAAUGUGCUUAGUCGAAGCUGGAACUAUUCCACAUUUCCAAAGUAUUGGUUUUUUUUGCGGAGAUCCCAAAAUUAACUACGAGUACAGAGGUGAUACGGUGGAAUCCCAUGUACUUGUAUUAGUUACACUAAUAAUUCCAUAUUUAACCGUGAGUUGUAAUAACUUAAAACUUUUGUUCACAAAAAUGUUUAUGCAUCGCGUGAUAUUGUAAUGAAUAUACCAAAUACCAAUAAAUUGUACUAAUUUUCAUAUUGCUAUAGGUGAUAAUAACCGAAUAUUUCUCUAAAGAUCAAAACAAAUUUGAAUCUGGACGGUACGAAUGGUUUAAGGAAUCACUGCGGUGGUACCGGCAAUACAUAUUAGGACUGAUAUUUGUGUUAUUUAUUACGGACGUCGGCAAAGUGUUAAUUGGCGAACCUAGGCCACAUUUUUUAAGGACAUGUAUUCCAAAAGAAGCUACAAACUGCACUAAUGAGUAAUUUAUUUUAACUAAUAAAAUAUAAAUAAAUUAUUUAUUUAUUAUACUUCGUAUACCUACUAAUAUAUUAAUGUAGUAUUUAAGUGACUAUUGUAGGUACUUAUGUUGGAAGCAGUGGCGCCGAACAAAUAUGACAAGUAAGGUAAAUAUCCCAGAACUUUUUAGGUGAGUAGGUGGGUGGAUCGUGGCCCGUGGGUGACUGUUUUUAUUAUAUAACUAGUUUUCCCACCCGUUGUUGUCCGUACCAAUUUUUUAUUAUUUGUUUUACCCAUAUUACUUUUUGUUAUUGACCGUGUUAGUGUUGAAUGAAAACAAAAAAGUGGAAAGUGGGUAGUCCAUAUUUGGUGGACUAAAAGUGUUCUGUUGUGACAUUUUUUCAUACCAAAAAUAUCUAAAUAUUGAAUUUUGAGGGGAGGAAAUUUCAAAGGAAAUGAAGCCUAAGGCCAUCUACACACGGACCUAUUCAUUAGAAACUAAUUAUUGACCGCAAAUCACUAAUCAGACCGCUUUGAGUCACAACGUAUGUUAUUCAAUAGAACACAACAGAUGACGCUACUGGUUACUAAUCAGUUACUAACGCGUUAGUGAUCAGUUCUAAGUGAUUCAACUGUCGAGUCAUUUCCAAGUUGCGUCACGUACUCUCGUCAAAUUGUGUUUUAUUUUUAAAAUACAAUUUUUUUUAAUUUUCUUCUACUAAAAAAAAUAAAAAGAUUAACGAACAGACAACUAACAUAAAGUUAAUUGAAGAAGUAGAGAACCAUCCCAUUCUAUACAACUUUACUAAAAAUGUCUUUUGAUACAUAGAAUAUAGAUGAACCCUGUGUCGUCUUCUAUUUAUUUAGUUGUGGUAAUAAUAAUAUGCAAUCAUCAUUUCAUCAUCACUGGAAUUAUCCAUGGUAUUGAAAAAUGCUGAUACAGGUCCUACUUCCAUAACCAAACAGUUAAUAGAAUAAAUUAGUGAUUUCGAUCACUUUUCAGUAGUUUUGUGUGCGAAUCUCAGUCACUAAUGCGUUAGUAAUCGAUAAAUCACGAACCAGUUUAGUUUCUUUUGUGUAGCUCCGUGUGUAGAGGACCUUACCUAACCUAUCGGGGAGCAGGGAUGCUCGGCAGUGGGAGAUCUCGUGUACUGUAUUAUAGUAAAAAAGUACUUGAAAAAAUCUCUUAAAAAAUUUAUAAAAAUACAAAAAUAAUAAAAGGGGUUUAAUAGCCCUCCCUUUAACGAAUUUAAUUUAUAAAUAAAAUUGUAUAACAGCACAAAAAUGAUUAAUAAAAAGUAAUUUUUUUAUAUAAUACAUACAAUUUUAUUUAAAAGAAAUUAUUUUGUAUGAAUCAACUUUGUAGUGUUAGGAAAUUAAAUUGAAUAAGUUAGAGCCAUCAUUGGGAGGGACUUUUAAACUCCUUUAUAAUUUUUGUUUUUUGUAAAUGUUUGUAAACCCUUUUGUCAAGAAAUUUUUUGAUGUUUUAAAGCGUCUUUUUGUAGACAAUAAGAGAAUAUAUUAUCCGGUCUCUAGUUAAAACUAUAUGUAUUAUGUAUAAAAAUGAAUUGAAAUUGUGUCAGUGACGCAUUGACGCCGUAAUUUGAAUACUAUCCAAAUUUCCAACUUGCCUGGAAAAAAAUAAUCUCUGCGAGUUUCGUAGGUACGUAAAUAUAUAAUUUAACUGUAAAUUGCGGUCAAAUAACUGCGAUGAACAUAAACUUCUCAAAAAACUCACUCAACCAACUCAAAACUGGAUAAACGCUCAGAUCGAAUGGACUGUGUAUUAAAAAAUGAAUAAAUUAAUUUUUCCAUAAACACCCACACCAGUAUGAGGAUUUAAAUUUGAUUUUCAUCCGUGUUACCACGGAAACCCAUAAUUCAAUAAAAAUAAUUAAAUUUUUGAACUAAAAUUACCCAUGAUCUGAAUUUUAGAGGAUGGUAUUUAAUAAGGGUUAAUUUCAAUAGCCAUAAACCUUCUUCGGACAAUGCGGAAUAAUUUGCAAAAACCGCGUUAAAAUCGGUUCAAUUGUUUUCAAGUGAUUGCGUGACCAAGAAAAAUAGGGGUCCAUUUUUAUGUAUAGAGAUAUAGUGUAAUACUAAGUAGUAUACAGACAACAAGACUCAGUAUUUAUAGUUGAAAGAUUCUUCAAUGCAGUAUGCCAAUUUGCACUAUGCACUAGACUAGCCUCUAAUAUGCACUAUGUACCCUUACCACGGCUAUAGAUAUAAAUGAUUCCACGUCAGCCUAUGGUAGGGAACUCAGUAAGUUCCCACACGAAACAUAGUAGGUAAGCAGAUUCAUAUGUACGUUCCGACAAAAGAAAAUAUACCCGUACGUAAAUUCUGAUACGAAAAAAAAUAUACCCAUGCAUACAUUUUUAUACGAACAGAAAUAAUAAUUUUAUACAGAAAAAACAGAAAAUAAUAAAAUAAACUAAUUUUGUUAUUAUUUAGUGACUAAUUACAUAGAGGACAAUAGUACGUUAUAAAAUCAAAAAGCAACUAGAUCCAAAAUGCAACAAAAAAGGUCUUUUGUCAUUUUUUAAAUAAAGAUAUUGAUCUAUUUCUUAUAGAAAUCAUAAGUUAUAAAAACAUAAAAUCAUGAAAUCUUUACGCCGUAAAUAUCUGUCCUUUUUUCUCACUUUUUCCAAAUUACUGUGGAAACUGCCAAGAGAAUUAAAAAUUACCUUCCUAAAGUACCUUCCCGGUCAGAUUUUUUUUUAGAAAAAGUGCUAUCAUUAUAAAUCGGAGGAAAAUUACUUGUAGAAAAGUUGUUUAGGAAAAAAAAAUCGUAAUAUUUUAAUAAUAUAUUUCGUACAUUUCCCAUUUUUCUUCCGGUUUUUUUCGAUUUUACAUAUUUGAUGAGAAAACUCCUAAAAAAAUUGAAAAAUGGCCUUCUUUAAGUACCUCCUCACGCCGAUAUCCUUUCAGAAUAGGUGCUAUAUCUAUUUAUCAUUAAGUAAUGUUUCGUGAUAUACAAUUACGAACAUUUAUAUAUACAUAUAUUUCAUUAAAUAUUUCAUUAUUUAGUAUUUUACUAGUAAAAUAAUUAUAUAUUAAAAAAAAAAAUAUAUUGAACGUGAACAUUAAAAAUAUAUUUCGUGAAAACAGGUAGGCUCCGAGACUGACCCCCUUAAUCCGAUUUUGGUGGGUGGGUAGGCGUUAUCUUCAAACAGGGUUUACCCGAGUGGUUUAAAAAAAGGUUUGGCGCCACUGAUUGGAAGUGAAGGCAAUGGAACCAAGCAAUCUUUUUUCUUUUCUAAAUUUAAUAUUUUAUCCUUGCGUUAAACAAGUUUCUGAUAAUAUAAUAAAUGAUACUACAAUGUUAUUAUUACAAUUAUUAUAUCAAUAUAAUUCAGGGAAAUGACUACAUUUUAAAACAUAUACUAAUAUUCAAUAUUGUAAUAAUAGUUAUUAAAAUUAAAUUUAGGUAUAUCUACCAUUAUACGUGUAUGAAUAAAAUGGAAAGCACAUAUUUCGUAAGAGAUGCUAGCAAGUCGUUUCCAUCGGGUCAUGCUUCCAUUUCCGUGUACGGAUCAAUUUCUUUGGCUGUAAGUAUACUAUUAUAAUUCAAUUUUACAUACUUUUUUACUUUCAUUAUAUGCCUACCUAAAAUUCGUUUCGUAUUUUUAAAUUUUAAUAAUUUAAUAUUUAAAAAAAAUCAAAUCUGCUACAUAGUGCAACCUACGUGUAAAUAAAUUCGUUAGUGUACUUGGUAUACUAGAACCAUAUCAAGUAGGUAUUUACAACAUAAUUGUAUAGUUACAAUACAUUUAUUGUUUAGGUAUAAAUAUAAAAUAAUAUUACAUUUUAAAAAAUAAUUCGUAGUUUUUGUUUUUUUUCAAAACGUGUGUAGUAUUCGCACCACAAAAAAAUAAAUCAUUAUAAAUUACCUAUACUAGUACACAAUGUUUAAUAUACUAUAUAAUAUCAAAACGUUAUCAUCAUGUUAACCAUAGGCCAUAUGACUAUGGAUUUAUACCUUUUGUCCUUUUCUCAGCUCAAAUUUAUACUCCAUAUUCGUUAUAUUAUAAUAUAUUUCGCUCUGUAGUAUAUAUAUAUUUUUUAAAUUUUUACAGUGGUAUCUACAAAACAAAUGUAAACCGCGUUCGUUGCUAUUAGUGCCGGUAUUGCAGGCGAUCUGCAUGCUAUGGGCCAUGUUCUGUUCCCUAACUCGAAUUACAGAUCAUAGACAUCAUUGGUGGGACGUGUUGGCCGGUUCGAUUAUUGGAAUUGUGAUAACCACUUACAUGGUAAUACCUAUAAAUAAAUUGACGUAUGGUUAUAUUAUUAAUUUUUUGCCAAAAUCUAUGUGUAGUGUCACCCGUAGGAUGUUUUACUUGGAAAUUCAAUUUUCUCUUUUGAUUUCGGGUUAUCUUUAGUAAAAAAUAAUAAUUUAAUGUUGAUCAUAGUUUGAUUGGUGCCGAAUUUCACUCCACUAUUCAUUUUACCGGAAAAAGAGAAUUAAUAUAUUGAUUGAGCGCUCGAGUUAAUAGCAAACCCAAGUUCCAUUGGUUUCAGGCGAUUUUUACCUCCUACAUAUUUUUAGUUCCAGUGGUAAACACUGAAACUACUGCAUGAUUCGACUAAUUUCUCUUCCAGUCAAAAAGUUGAUUUUUAUAAAUUAAUUUUCAUAUAAUGAUUAAGAUGUUAAAUUUAUUUAUUAUAUCUUAAGCAAUAGUAUAUACUAAACGACAGAUCCAGAGCUCUAUUUUAGGAAGAGCAAGGUGUAAAUAUAGUGCUAAAAAUAGUAAAUAAAAAGACCCUGUGAACCAAAACAUAUACUACUCCACUACUCCGCGGUGUUUGAGAUGAAGGAAAGAACCCGUUGACCCCCUAAAGCCACCACUGUUAAAUUGCUCGAUAUUUCGUAUUGUUAACUUUUUAUUAAAAUACAAUUGUUUUUACAAUUUAAGAAACAAGCAGCUAUCAAUGUUACAUUACUAUUAUUUUUGGUCAUAUUUAUUUUUGGGAGUCAAACGACUUCCUACUUUUAAUUUUCAAAUAGUAACUUAUAUUAAAAUGUCAUAAAAAGAUAGAGUAUUAGUUUAAAUAUAUGUUGUAUUGACAGUUUUGAUUUCCGUAAACCCAUUGACAAGAUAUUCCUCUUUUAAAUUUGCGUAAAGAAAAGUAGUGGAGCACUAUUAAAUUACCUACCCUACGUCGUGUUACCACACAAAUGAUGCUCCAGGUAAUCCUUUCACCUCCAAAAAUUAUAGUGACAAAAAAUAAGAGCAUUUUAGAUUGUUCUUGAAUUGUGAAUUUCUUUAUUUUUAAAUGUCAAUAUACUUUGCGAAAUGUCAAGUGUAGCCACUAAAAUAUAUAACACUGAACAUUCGAUAUACAUAUUUAUUAUACAUACAAAUUAAAAAAAAAAAAAAUCAAAAACAAUAUUUCUCUGUAAACCAAAUAGAUAUAUAAAAACUUAAGGGAGUUAUACAUGGUUGCAGUCAGUAUACAGUAUGAUGGCUUGGAUAAUUAUAUCGGCAUUGAUUAUACCUCCUAAUUAAAUUGGAACAUAAAAUAUUUUAUUUUAGAGUUGAUGGAGGCAUGGUUAUGGGUCAAAGGUAGAAAUUAGAAUAUAUUUUUAAAAAUUGGAUACCACUUUAUUAUCUGCAGCGAUGUUUGAAAAUAUAAAAUAAAUAAUUUAUGUUUUAAUUAAUUUUUGUCUUCACCAGGAUCGGUUGUUUGACAGACAAAAAAAUGAUAAUAAAUCGCAUUCGGCCACAGAAACUUGGUCCAACGAGACGACGGACAAUGGUUAUUUAACUGGAAGGUUAUUGAACGUUGUCACCGACGGUAAAAAUCCAUCUCUGAAUUUGUAAAUCUCGGUAAAAUACAUAUAUCGUAAUCUUAACGAAUGUGAUUCCCAGUAUUUUUCCCGAAUCAAAUUUCUCGAACAGCUUUUUUCCCGAGUGGAAUAUUUCAUGAAUAAUACUCAUACUUUCCGAAAUCACCUUUUCUGAAUUCCUUUACCCGAAUGUUAUUUUUCCGGGAUACGGAGGUAAAAACAAAAAACAAAAUACGAACAAAAGUAUACUUUUAUAUUAUGAUACAUUUUUCGAUGUUUGGACAUUUUUCCCAAUAGUCAUAUGGUAAAAACCAUUUUAAUAAACCUUUAUAUAAGGUAUAUAUAUUUUAAAUCCUUAUAAUAACUUGUAAAAUUUCAAAUGAUUUUUGAAACUUUAACACUUGUGUUUAUUAAAUAACAAUAAUUAAUUUUAAUAAUACAUUUUCUUCGAGAAAACAACAUUCGGGCAAAAUAUAUAUUAAAUAGUGUUCGGGAAGUAUUUCAUUCGGGAAAAAGUUUUUCGAGAAAUAUAAUUCGGGAAAAAGGUCGGAAACUAAAAUAGGUACUCACUUUAUAUACGUAUAUUUUUACACUGUACAGAAUUAUUGUUUUAAACGAAACACGAUUUGUUAAUAUUUUGUCUAUAUGAUAACAGUAUUCUUGUUACAUUCUUACAUUUGUAUUUUUAUAUAAGUAUCUUGUAUAAUAUACACUUAAAGGUGUUUCGUUUAAAUUUCGUAAAUUGUUUUGUUUAUUAGUUUUUAACGUUUAAAUUAUGAUAAUUAUCCCAUUUGUUGUCUUAAUUUUUGCUACAUAUCUAUAUAUUUAUUUAUAAUUUAAUAUUUGAUAUAGAUAGCUACGUAAAAAAAUAUGAAAUUUGAUGUAUGUAUUGCUAACAUAAUUUGACCAACAAAAUUAGUUGAACAGAACACCUUUAAGUAUUAAUAUACACGCAGUGGCAUUAUGACGCUACAAAUCAGAACAUUGAUUAGAUUGCGUAGAUACCUAUGCAUAUUUUAAUUUUAGUCUAUUUUGAUUAAAUGUUUGCAUAUUAUUCGCAGCUGUCACAAUUGUUAUAGUUAUUUUAGUUUGUUAUAACUAUUUUAAUGUUUGUUAUCGUGUACAUAUCACUAUUAUAAUAUAUUAUUAUUAUUGUAGGUAGUUGUAUAGGUAAUAAAUAAUAAGUAUAUUAUUAGUGGCGGAUCCAGAGUGUAAUUGCCUCUUCCUCGUUCGUUUCCAAAUAUACUCUUAGCCCCAAAUUUACUCUGAGCUUAAUUUUCAUCAUAAAUAUGUGCCUUAUAUGCAUUUUUUGAGCCUCUUUCCUCGUUAUCUUGUUCUGGAUCUACUCCUGUAUGUUAUAUUCCUACUUAUUUGAAUAGGUAAUAUUAUAUAAGUACUGAAGUAUCUAUCUAAACCUACCUACUAUAUCAAAUAUACAUGUCAGAUUUGUUGUGUUAAACGUGAUAACGUAAUAUACAUAGGCACAUGCACUUUUGUUAAUUUUCGUUAAACAUUUUACAGUUAUUAUAAUUAAUAUAUCUAUUUACGCAAUGUUCAUUUUUUAUAAAACAGUUUGUGAUGAUUAGUAUAUAGGAUUUUAACUUCAGCUGUAAAGUCGGAUUACUUACUGCACCGUACUUGUAGAUGCGGUUUAACCUUAUAUAGCUUUGUAUUAGCUAAUUGUUUAUUAUAGCAUAUUAUGAUGUUAUGAUUAUAUUAUAUUAUUUAUAUGGUUUUAUAUAUUUAUAUUUGUAUUGUGUGUGAAGUAAAAAUAAGAAGUAUUUCGAAUAGAAUAUAAAAGUUCCUUUUCAAUCUGUACAGCCCAUAUUUUGUGCUUUAAUAUUAUAAUUAUAGACCAUUAUAAAUAGAAAUAGACAAUUAUUUUAGUUAGCUCAUUAAUCCUAUAUUGAACAAUUUAAUAGAAACUUUAUUCUAUUAGCAUAAGUUUUGUUUCAUAAUUCAUAUAGCUAUAUAAAACAGAAAUGAAUGAGAGAGAAACAUAUUAUACU